AAAACACAGGAAAGAUCACACAGACUGACCCAUAAUGCCCGUGGUUGAGAGUACUCUGCGCUGUAGUUCUCCAUAAUAUCGAUGUUUUUCAAAUUUUUUGUUCCUCGAGAGAGUGUCCAAGGCUUCUUGCGUAUAUUAUGGCAACAAGUGUACUAACUAGAGUUUGAUGCGUUUUCAGUUCCAAAAGGAUGGAGCUGCUGGUCGUGCCAGGAGUACUAGCACCGCUGCCAUGCAGGCCUGCUGGUAGACACACGACUGGUGGGUGUCUUCCAGUGUGCUGCUAUCGGAAGAACGUUUGGGUCUAGAAGUAGACACGUUUGCAACUAGAUCCUGACUUGCUCGCGAGAGGAGACCGGAAGAUGAGCAUCCCUGGUGUGCCCAAUUCGCCAAGUGGCAUGCCCAUGAGGCGGCAGGUAAAGAGGGAUACGACCGAAUUUGAGGACUAUUUGAGCGGGCAAUCGUAUGUGGCUCACGUUUCCUUCGCAUUUCGGUCUGGGCUAGACGGUCACAACUACGAAAGCGAACCAGACGCUUUUGCGGAUUGGAUACGGGACCACCUCUUUCUCGAAUCCAUAGACUUGAGAGGAAUAGUUAUGGAGGUAUGUAUCAAUUAAAUUUAAGAGGAAUAGUUAAGGUCCACUGAUUAUUUGACAGGGAUACUAGUUUUAGUUAUGGCUUGCUUCUUCUCGUGCUUUCUAGAAGCAAGUGUGAAAAUGUACAUUGACGAUGACGAGGCAGCACCACCACACCACCAAUCCCUCUCUCUAAUCUCAAGCCGACCAAAGAUGAAGUCCUCAUCAAAAUUGGCAAGGGCUUGGCAGGGAAUCGAUCGAUCGCAUGUCUCAAUUUCACGCACAACAACCUUGGGCAGAAAGACGUCAGGGGGUUUCUUCUGGCCUUAGCGGAAAACGUAAGCAUCUGGAGAUUGGAGUUGCACAAAAAAUAAGGCUGCCUCUAAGAAAUAGACCUAGGUAUAACUCAUUAAGGCCAGGAGAACCUCUCAGAAAAAGAAAUACUUACAAGUAGGCGCAACUAGAAGAAGUCAUCUUCUAGUUCUAUUACUAGGCUACUUCCACACUCUUAGGCUUAUCCCAUGCAACAAUCUUCUAUUACUUCUAGGGUCUACUAGAGUGAUUCUUGACAUAUCAUCUCUAAGCAAUCCAGAUCGACGUGAAUGGUGCGAAAGCAAUUGCUGAGUUUAUGCGGGAGAAUGUCGGCGUGACGCACUUAAACCUGAGCCAUAAUCCUUUGAUCGGCGAGGAGGGCGCGCGGCAUAUACUUGAUUAUGGAGUAGCACUUUUGUUUGUUUGAAGAAUGCGUUCGCUAGCUUAGUGUGCAUUCAAAAACAGCAUUCUUCAAAGACACUUAUUAAGUUCGCUCUGUUUUGAAUGCACUCACUAAGUAGCUGCUACGGAACUCCUGUGCGUUUCAAAAACAGCCGUUAAUUCUACUUUUUGGAAAUUCAACUUCGACUUUUGUUUCUUUGAAGAAUGCGUUCACUAACUUGGAAAAAUGCGUUAACUAACUUUUAUUUCUUUGAAGAAUGCGCUUGAGGACAACGACAAGAGUAGUUUUCACUACUCACACUCACAAGCAUUGAAGUUGAACAAGAUGCAUUCCCCCUAUCCCCACUGAACGAUAGCCCCUUUGCCUCAUGAAUAGGUAAAUCAAUCAAUCAAUCAAUCAAUCAAUCAAUCAAUGAAUCAAUCAAUGAAUGAAUCAAUCAAUCAAUCAAGCUGGGAAUCAAUCGCGGCAUUAUUUGUCAUCCUUUCGGAAACAGACUAGUCCAUACUAGAUCCAAUCAAUCGUAAGGAGUCUACUUUCUCUAACAACAAGCAUUUGCAGAGAAUGGUUCUAUCUAUGUGAUGAAAUUAGCAGGUUGCAAUUGCGGAGAGGAACUGUUGGCUGCUAUCAAUAGAUGCUGUCGACGAAAUCGCGCUGCUGUAGCUUACAAGAUGGAAGCUGACGCGCCGCAGGAGAAUAAGUACCACCGCUUUUUGAGUGAAGAUUCAUCGGUUCUGUGUGUACUUACUUCACCUUCCUUCUGUGAUGUGUACUCUCCUAGUACGCGGCAUAGGACACAACUUUGCGAUUGUAUUUCUGUUGUAUUCAUUCCUCUUCUUGUACGAAAAGAACAACCACUGCACCAAUCGACAACCUUGUAGGGAAGACGACGCUGAAGACGCAGAAAACGAAGAAGAGGAGGAGGAAGAGGAAGACGCACAGGGGGAUCCUGA